UUAGCGCGGCGGCUCAUGUUCCCGCCCGUCUACGCCUAACGACAUCAAACCGAACCCCAAUUCGGAACUGAUUGAAUAAAGUGGGAAGAGAGGAUCCAUGACAGUAACCAUCCUCAGCUCCACCUCCCAGACAGCAGAACACCGCCCAUCAACCGUCCAGUCCGUCGUCGGAUCUCCCACUAGCCUCUCAACCCUAAAUCUUCUAAUCCUUCCGCUCCUCCCAUCUCUCCUUCUCCCCCACAAAAGCCCUUGCAUCCCUCAACCCCACGCCCGCCUAGCGUCCGCCUCAUCUGAAGGCGAGUACUCGGUCCAGUGGCACGGUCUAGGCGUCGAAACGACUUCUAUCCGCUGUCUCUCCGGCCGUCUCUUUGCUUUUUGCCGUUCGCGGUCAUCGGCAUUGCCGCCUGCACCGCACGAGCCGCAGCUGAGGAAUGUGCGUAUCCGGUGGAAAAGACUUGGGGAGCUGGGAGUAGAUGUGUGUCGGGGGGUUGGUGUUGUUGGUGUUGCUGUUGUUGCUGGUGUAGGUCUGGAAAUGUUGACGGCUGCGGUGGUGCUUCUCUGAGACUUUGUGGAUUUCGGUGGUGGGAGGGACGUGGAUGGUUUUUUAGGCAUGAUGAAGACGUGGUUGGGCUGGAGCUGUCUCUUCCUGGUGUCGCCUUUCCUUGAGGCCGUCUAUGCUUGGGGCCGCCUUUCCCGAAACCGACCUCCCGGACGUUGUUACUUCCGGAGAUUGUCUUUCUCGAGCGUGAUGUUUUCAAACUACCUGGGGUGUUGUUUCCCCCUAGCUUGGAUUCCUUGAAACCU